AAGUAGAUUAAGAAGCAUUGGAUACUUAUAAAAUGACAGUCGGUUCUCCAUGUCAAGCAGACAGUAAGACAAGACUUUUCCAAAAUGAAGUUCAUUAUCUUGGUAGCCCUCUUGGCUUGCGUUGCCGCAUUCCCAAACACUCGGUUGACCUUGCCUCGCUUGCCUCUUUCGGUGUUGAUGAGCGGCAGAUUCCAACUGAUUCCGGAUGAGAAAAUCGUUGGCGGAACCCAAGUCGCCCCCAAUUCUCUCCCGUUCCAGGUGUCCCUGCAGAGACGUGGACUUUUGGCCAACAGCGCAUAUUCGCACAUCUGCGGUGGCUCUAUCCUAGACGCAUCCAUCAUUCUCAAUGCCGCUCAUUGCGUUGAUGGUGCCAACAUUGCCAGACUACGUGUCGUUGCCGGUGAACACAGCCUAUCACAAGUCAGCGGAAAUGAGCAGAUCUCCGCCGUUUCACGUUUCACCAUGAACGCCAACUACAACUCAGCAACUUACGAGAACGACAUCUCUCUCAUUUUCUUGACUACGCCUUUUGACCUGAGCGUUGCCACUGCCAAGCCCGUUAAUCUACCUGCCCCUGUUGCCGAAUUCGAUCCACCUGCUGGAACCAUCAUCACCGUUUCCGGAUGGGGAACCACUAGCGAAGGAGGCAGUAUCUCUGAUGUGCUCCUCAGCGUCGAUAUUCCCGUCAUCUCUGAUGCUGAUUGUAGCGCUGCUUACGGAGGCUCUGUCACCUCUUCCAUGAUGUGCGCUGGAGGACCAAACGGUGGUAUCGACUCGUGCCAAGGUGACUCUGGCGGCCCACUCUUCACAGGCACUGGUGCCUCUGCUGUCCAGCACGGUAUCGUUUCCUGGGGUCAGGGCUGUGCCCAGGCCGCUUAUCCUGGUGUUUACACUCAGGUGUCUUACUACCUUGACUGGAUCGCCGCCAACAGAGGUUAAAUACGAACGAGGCUGCAUCCUCCCUGUAGCACUUAUGUUUCUGUGGACAACAUUUUUUUGAAGCGUGAAAUUCUCUGCUUGUUAAUAUGAAUACAAACAAUAAUGAUA